GUUAAAGCUGUAUCAGUAUCUCUAAGCAAAAACGACGGUCACCUGCAAAACAUCUUUUCAGGACAGUGCUACAAUUUUGUUUGUGUAAAUGAUAGAAAGUGCGCCAUUCAAGAAACACGGCACCUAGUGGACAUGUUGGAAAAAUCAAAUAUUCCUCUCUUAUAUCCAGUUGUUCUUGUUUUGGUGCACAUGGAUGUUUCAGAAAAUGCUUCCUUCAGCAUUGGGAUGGAAGAACUAAGUAGGAUCAAGAAAUUUGCAAGGGAAGCGAAAAAGCAAAAUAUUUUGGUUUAUGGUCUAGUUAUCCAAUAUAAGGAUCAUUUGCUGCUUCAGGAGACAGUAAAUUCUGCUGCUGCUCUUAUCAUGGCAUUAAUAAAGGAUAGAAACCCGGAGCUGAUUGGGCAGAUCUUGGUAGCAUAA